GCACUCAAUACUCUCCAGCAAUCCAACAACCCUCAUUCAUACUGUAAAUCUCUCCUAAUUCAAAGUUUUCAUCACUCUUUGCCAUUACAUUCAAUUUUUUUUUAUCACUCUACCAGAGAAACGCCAUGAAUACAAGGUCUCAGGCUGCAGCCAAACAAUCGGUCGAAGAAUUUCAACCCGCAUUAGAAUGGAUUCCUGACCCCGAAUCCAACAUUCUUCUUGUACAUUUACCAGGCUUCACAAAGGAGGAGAUACGGGUUCAAAUUGAUAACAGAGGGGGCCUAAGAAUAAUUGGUGAACGCUCUUUGGAAGACGGCCGCACCUCUCGCUUCACCAAAAACGUCCAAUUACCAGGAGAUUCUGAUAUCGAGAGCAUCAGAGCUCGGUUCGAAAGAGGCCAACUCUUUGUUAUAACGCCCAAAAAAAUGAAGAAACAAGAUGAGCAACCAAUCAAAGAUAACGGUAAAGCACCCCAACAAGUGGCCGAAACCCAAAAAACAAAUGGAAUACUAGAGCCGAAACCCGAAGCCAAGGUCCCCGAUACUGGAAAACCACCUUUGAUUUCACCAGAAAAACAGAAAAUGGAAGGAAAACCACCUUUGAUUUCACCAGAAACACAGAAAAUGGAAAGAAAAACUGAUGAUGCCCCAGGAAAACCUCAUAUUGGAGUAAAAGAUAACGGAAAGGAAAGGAAAGUAGAGGAGGGAAAACCACCAUUAGAGCCCAUAAAAAACCAAAAAGAAGGUGGAGAAACUAACGAUUCAAGGGAAAAGAUCAAGGUUGCAGAGUCCGAGAGCAGAUACGAGAAGGCACUGAUCGAUGCACCGACCCAAAAGCAGGGAGAGAAGGCACUAGUUGAUGCACCGUCUCAAAAGCAUGGAGAAAAGACACUAGUCGACGCACCGACCCAAAAACAAAAAGAACAGGCACUCGUCGACCGACCGACCCAAAAGGAAGGAGAGAAAGAUGGGUUCAAAAAAGAGGAGGGAGAAGGGGGUUUUCCACCGAAAUAUCCUAGAAUAUCACUGGAAAGCCGAGUGAAGCUUGCAGAGUGGUUUCGUAGGUGGGAUGAUUAUGGAAACGUGGUUUUAAAAACCGGGGUGGUGGUUUCGGUUGUGGUGGCCUUUGGUUUAUACGUGAUUUAUAAGCUCAAGUAUAAGGAAAAUAUUGCAGAAUAAUUGUAAUUUUUUUUCUGUUGAAUGUUAAGAAUAAUUGUAUUGUGGUGGCUAUAGCCUUUGAAAUUUAAUGUAAAUAGUACAUUGUAUUGGGAUUAUCUAAAAAAAA